AUGAAUUUUGAUGAAUGCAUGUCUUCUCCGUGUAAACAUGGGUCCUGCAAAGAUCAGGUGAAUAGUUAUUCAUGCACUUGUAAGGCCGGAUUUACAGGACAAAAUUGUGAAAUUGAUAUCAAUGAAUGCAAAUCAUCUCCUUGUCACCAAGGUACUUGCCAAGAUAAUAUCAAUGGGUAUUCCUGCACAUGUAAUCCUGGAUACACGGGCACUGACUGUGAGCUGGAUAUAAAUGAAUGCAAAUCAUCUCCUUGUCACCAAGGCACUUGCCAAGAUAAUAUCAAUGGGUAUUCCUGCACAUGUAGUUCUGGAUACACGGGCACUGACUGUGAGAUAGAUAUAAAUGAAUGCAAUUCAUCUCCUUGUCACCAAGGUACUUGCCAAGAUAAUAUCAAUGGAUAUUCCUGCACAUGUAAUCCUGGGUACACGGGCACUGAUUGUGAGCUGGAUAUAAAAGAAUGCAAUUCAUCUCCUUGUCAUCAAGGUACUUGCCAAGAUAAUAUCAAUGGGUAUUCCUGUACAUGUAAUCCUGGAUACACGGGCACUGACUGUGAGCUGGAUAUUGAUGAGUGUGGUUCAUCUCCGUGUAACCAUGGUAUAUGUCAGGACCAAAUAAAUGGAUAUGUGUGUACUUGCACAAAAGGAUACACAGGAGACAACUGUGAGACAGAUAUAAAUGAAUGCAAAUCAUCUCCAUGUCACCAUGGUACUUGCCUAGAUCAUAUUAAUGGGUAUUUCUGCAUAUGUGAUCCUGGAUAUAGCGGAGGUGACUGCGGAUUUGCCAUAGAUGAGUGUUCUUCCUCACCUUGUCAACAUGGACAGUGUCAGGAUAGGAUCAAUGGAUAUUCUUGUAGUUGCAGUACAGGAUAUGCUGGAAUUCACUGUGAAAAUGUAGUACAGACAACACAACCCUCAAUAAGUACAACAUUGACUGUUAUAACCACAAGAGCAACAACUACUAUGGUAACCAAGGUAUCAUAUGCAGCUCAAAGUACAUCGACUCGCAAAAUAAUGGCUACAAGUACAGCAUCGUCAAAUACAACAAAUAAUGAAACUGUAUUGUAUCAGUGUAUUGAUAUGGAUAACUACUGCGAUCAUGGUCAGUGUUACAACACAUCAGAGGGUCAACUUGUGUGUCAUUGUCACAAUAUAUACACAGGAUAUUAUUGUGAUAAAAGUGAGUAA